AUCCUAUUUACCAGCUCCUCUCCUCUCAACAGGAUCGAUACUGGCGGUAUGCAUGCCGACUCCUGUGAGUUUUCCUGAGUUCCCGGGGGACUGCUUUGCUUUUUGAAUCAGGAAGUUGGAAACUACCAUCAAGAAUGGCACUUGUAGAUAAACACAAAGUCAAGCGGCAGCGACUGGACAGAAUUUGUGAAGGUAUCCGUCCUCAGAUCAUGAAUGGCCCCAUGCACCCCCGGCCCCUGGUGGCACUGCUGGAUGGCAGGGACUGCACAGUGGAGAUGCCCAUUUUGAAGGACUUGGCGACCGUGGCAUUCUGUGAUGCACAAUCAACUCAGGAGAUCCACGAGAAGGUAUUAAACGAAGCUGUUGGGGCGAUGAUGUACCACACCAUCACUCUGACUCGAGAAGACCUAGAGAAGUUCAAGGCCUUGCGGGUCAUUGUUCGAAUAGGCAGCGGCUACGACAACAUCGACAUCAAAGCAGCAGGGGAGCUCGGGAUCGCCGUCUGCAACAUCCCCUCGGCUGCCGUGGAGGAGACGGCCGACUCCACCGUCUGCCACGUCCUCAACCUCUACCGACGGAACACGUGGCUCUACCAGGCGCUGCGGGAGGGCACGCGGGUGCAGAGCGUGGAGCAGAUCCGGGAGGUGGCCUCUGGUGCUGCACGGAUCCGGGGCGAGACGCUCGGCCUCAUCGGCUUUGGUCGCACGGCGCAGGCGGUUGCGGUCCGAGCCAAAGCGUUUGGCUUCAACGUGAUCUUCUACGACCCGUACCUGCAGGAUGGGAUUGAGCGGUCCCUGGGAGUCCAGCGGGUGUACACACUGCAGGACCUGCUCUAUCAGAGCGACUGUGUCUCGUUGCACUGCAACCUUAACGAACACAACCACCACCUCAUCAACGACUUCACGAUUAAGCAGAUGAGGCAGGGAGCGUUCCUGGUGAACACAGCACGCGGGGGGCUGGUGGAUGAGAAGGCCUUAACUCAAGCCCUGAAGGAGGGUCGGAUACGAGGGGCUGCGCUCGACGUGCACGAGUCAGAACCCUUCAGUUUUGCUCAAGGCCCAUUGAAAGAUGCUCCUAAUUUAAUCUGCACCCCUCACACGGCCUGGUACAGCGAGCAGGCGUCGCUGGAGAUGAGAGAAGCUGCUGCUACCGAAAUCCGGCGCGCGAUCACAGGGCGCAUCCCAGAAAGCCUAAGGAACUGCGUGAACAAGGAGUUCUUUGUCACAACAGCUCCGUGGUCAGUAAUAGAUCAGCAAGCAAUCCAUCCAGAGCUCAAUGGUGCCACAUACAGGUACCCGCCCGGGAUGGUCAGCGUGGCACCAGGAGGAAUACCAGCAGCCAUGGAGGGCAUCAUGCCCGGGGGCAUCCCUGUGACUCACAACCUCCCCACGGUGGCACAUCCUUCCCAAGCUCCAUCUCCGAACCAGCCCACAAAACACGGUGACAACAGGGAACAUCCCAACGAGCAAUAGCAGAUAAUUUUAAACAACAAAAUCCUUCGAUAAACUUGGGACCAAGAGACAUUGGAAAAAGAAGUUAUACACGAACUAAAAAUGAAUUUGAUACGAAAUUUGUAACGUUGAUUUUUUGGACAGAUGCAUCAUUGAUGUUCCAGUGUUACCGACACGGUGAUAGCAGCCAAGACUGGGAAGAAGCCCUGAAGAAGGCACCUGCUCACUGAAGCGCUGAAAACUAAGAUGUGAUACAUUAAGGAUCGAAAUGAUCGACCUCUGUUAUUGUGUGUUAAGUUUCCUUCAUCUGUGCAUCAAUCACAUGAAUAAAAAUCAGAUUUUUUUUCCCCUCCUUUCCUUGGGAAGAACAGGGUGUCUGCACCUGUUUCCAAACAAUUGCAUUAAGCAAUCCUUACCGAGUUAACAUAGAAGUGGAAGAGGAAACCAUGAUGUGGCUUCAGCCCUUUCCUUACUCUUGUUUCUGGUUACCUCUGACAGUAGGAGGCACCAACACUGGCUUAGCAGCGGAAGAAAAAAACCAAUGAAAUCCUUUGUGCGGCCUCCCGGGGCCGAUGUGUGCCAGGAGUGCUCCUGCUAGGCUGGGGGCAGAGGGCUGGGAAGGCAGAGGAACAAAGCAGCAGCUCCUCACUGCCCAGCUCUCAGUAACGGAGCUGUGCACACAUCUGUGCCCUGCAAUGAUGCAAAAAAAAAAAAAAAGAAAAAAAAGAAAAAAAGAAAGAAGAAAGUAUUACGUUUCACACACUAUUUGUACUCAAAUAUAUUUUCUCAGUUUUAAAUCUGCAGCUAUUUUAUCAAGUGGAGAAGUCUUGAGCUGGAAGGGGUUCAAGAAAAAUGUUGCAUUUCCUUAUGUCUCAGGAAACACUUUUUAUGGUAACUUGUCAGACUGUCUAUGAACAAAACCCACUUUUUUAGACAUUGAUAAAAGUCUUCUUUUCUUCACGUGAUAUUUUAUACAAGAACACUUCAAAAUGUGCUAUUAGACGUGACUGAUUUUAACAAAUCCUAUUAGGUUUGUAUCAACUAGUUACAUGUUAUAUUCAUAGUCUUUUGUGAAUCAUCGCCUUUUUGUUUUUAAAACGAUGGCCUCUUUUGAGCCUUUGUAUGGGUACAUUCCUGUUUCUGUGACAAAGAAAUCUUAAGCUGUCCCAAACAGAAAAAAAACAAUGGCUAUCAGCAGUAUGUUUUGUUUUAGUGUGUUACCGUUACUGUAUUUGUUUAUUGUAAAGGUGGACAUUUAGCGUUCAGUGCAGUUUUCAAUAAAAAGUGAUAAAAUUUCUAUAAUUUCUGGGAGGUCAGAGCUCACUGCAUUGUCCCAGCACACCAGUGACUGCUGCUGAACAGCAAGAACGGGGAGCAGCACACAGGUCAGAUACACUGAGGGGGCAUUUGGUGAGGAAAACGUGUUAUAGAUCGUAAGGUUUGGGAUUGCAUUAAAAACAAACCCCUGGGAUUUUUGCCUUGGCUUUAAGUUGCAUCGUGGAGGGCUGGAAGGGCCUCCCCUAGAAGCAGGCUCACACCACAGCUCCCCUCCCAGCACCCACCUCCCACUCCAAUCAAAGUAGGAGUGGGUGCAGAUGGAGGCAGGCACCUUCCAAUGCUGCACAGCAGUAGAGAUUAAGGGAUGCUGGUUUAAGACAGAAGGAAGCAUCCUAGCGUUAGUGUUACCUCUUCUGCUGGGCUGUGAGCAGCAGCAGUGCGAGCAGCAGCAGGGGAUGCAAAGAUGAUGCUUAGAAGAAGGGGAAGAGCAGCACCACAGCUGAGAUCUGCAUGAGCAACGUGGAGCGGUGCACAGCAACUCGCAGAUGGGAGCCAAGGAGUGAGGAAAGCAGAGCUGAAAGCUGCUGCUCCAGAUCUGCGCCUGGGAUUCUGCUGACAGCCACGCUGUGUUCACCCUGCAGCAGACAGGGAGCUCUGUGCUGCUGAAGGAAGGCAGAGCAGCUCACAAGCAGCUUGAAGGUGGCAAACACUCUAAAGCCACUAACAGUUAAAAAGGGGUGAAGUUUGAGCAAGGAAGCAAGCAAGUCUAAGUGCACACAAACCUAUUUUGUUAAUGGUGUCAAAUCAGUUCCAGUCAUACUUGCCUUAAGCCAUGCAGCGGGACUCUGGAAGAACCCAGGAUUACUAAAUUUUAAUAUAUUUAAACCAAAAGAAAUACAGGGAUUGACCGCUGAGGAGUUCAUAAAUAAAACCAGAAAACUGACCAGGUGUAAAGGAGGUAGCAAUGAAAGCUAAGGUCUGUGCCAGGAAAGUGUUUGCUUCUGGGAGCAACAAUGAGGAAAAUAAAACUGAGAAAAAGUUUGUGUACUUGGCUGAAGGAGCAGAACUUGCUGAUGAGCUGCAAGGUAGCAUUCACAAAUUCAUCUCAGCAUUUGUCAACUUUUAAGUAUGAAAUUCAAGAAUAGCCAUGAACAUACACUGAGUACUGUGCUAGCACAAAGCAGGGUUUGCAUCUCUUUAAUCUACAAGUACAUGAGGUUUGGAUCACUUUGAUUUCGAAAAGAAGACACUUCCCCAGUCCCAAACGGACCCAGGAAGCUCAUCAACCUGAACAUACCAUUGUACAGCACAUGGGAACAAAACAAUAGUGAUUAAGAAAGCCAGGAGCUCUGAAGUACCAGGACUGCCCUCUCACACCAGAACUACACACACAUGGGAGCACGCUGCAUGCGUUAACAACAGCUGGCACUGACUGCAUGGUGAGCUUCCACUCGCUGGGGAUGCUGCAGGCUGCCCACAUGAAGCUCAGGGUAGAGAACAGGGCUCAGGGUAGGUUUCACAUUAAUUAUUCUUCCCACUUUACAAGGAAGCUUUACUUCCUUCAGCAGAACAUUACUGUGAAAAUAAGGGGCAGGGGGCACAUCACACAGCCCUCUAAGUAGCUUGAUGAAGGCAGGAGGUUCUCCUUCCAUCCAUUCAGUGCUGGUGUGCACAGGGGCAGUGCUGCAGGGACCACGUGCUGCUCUCAUCCCAGCACACACUGCCUGCAGCUCUCUGACAGCCCAGCUUCAGCCAUCAGCAAGAACAAGGGGUAAAAGGGCUUUGCUGCGAGUUAAGAAUAAAAAGAAUACCAACUUAGAAAGCAAACUUGGAACAGGGCCAUACGUGUGCCAAAAACCUCUUCGGUAUCAGCAGCUUGCCUGUCAGUUAAGGUCAAUCAUACAUACACUGCAGAUGAACAUGCACUCUUUUACCUGACGUUUUGCACAUGCACCAAUCAGAGGAGAUAGAAUGGCCAAAAAAUCUGAAGGCAUUUCCUAAUGAACCUCAGUGGGAUCUGCAAUGGGAAAAUGAUUAAGUCAAUACAGUACUUCAUUCUCUCUGUACUUUUGGUGCCAUCACCAAGUUUAUGGAGGAGUUGUGCACAUUUCAACACCAUCUAAGCAGCAUUUGGAAGAAAAAAAAAGCAGCAAGUUCCUCAGGGUUUCCACAGCUUUCCACUACAUAAAAAUAUGUGCUAUGGGGCUUCUUUCCAAAUCCUAAUUUCAACAAUUGCAUCUACUGCAAAAUUCCUUACGGAACCACCACACCAUCCAAAGUGCUUUUCAAGAAAACCUGAAUUGCACUGUAUAUGUAAAAACUGGCAUUAACCUUUAGUGUUUACGUGAGCUUUUUAGAUAAACUUUAUCCAUUACAGGUUACAUGGCUAAAGUUAUCAAAUAUAAUAAAAUUUCUACUGGAGAAUAUACUCUGAACUUACAAUCUUAGGAACUUACAUAAGUUUAAGUAUGGCCACAUCAAUCGACAUGCAAGAAAUUCCCAGGGUUACAUACUGAGAAAUAUAUAACACGGUGCUUUUAAAAACAACUGCAGCACAGAUUCCUCUGUUUUAAUUAGAACUGCCGAGUGGAUUCUCACUAAAUUGAUCGACCCAAGGAGCAACCCUUGAAACAGAUGUUUUCUCAUUUGCAGCAACGUCUGAAUUGAAGAAAGAAUAAAUGAUGGAACAAUAUGUAGUUUGUAUCACAGCAAGAACGGAGCUCUGACAAUGUAAAACUCCCAAUCACAUCUCGAGUUCUCAGAUUUCACACAAUUCCAUUUAGUAUAUACGUACUGGAAUCAAAUCCCUAUGCUUCAGGUCACAUCUCUGAAUAAAUAUCAUUAAGUAUACUGAAAGGAAUCUAACUAUGAAAGGAGGAA